CGCUAGUUCGCGCGUCCGCCGCGCUUCGUGUUUUCUGUCGCCCAAACAGUGCGCCCGCGAAUUUUCAAAUAAGUGAAUUAUAUAGUGUACCAAGAUGCCGAAGAACAUUUUAGCCGAGAUGGGCUCCCAGGUGGGGUUAACGCCCGCAAGACAGAAUAAAAAGGAAGCAGAGGAAUGGGCCCGAAGACAAAGUGGUCCUAUGGUCAACCCUUCCUUCGAACCAGACGAUUUCCUUCCACAAAGUUUAUCACCUGUUAAAGAUGAGAAAAAGAGGCCUGGAGAUAAGGGUAUAUUCCUUGUCAACAUGAAGGAAAAGAACCAGCAAGAAGUCGAGGAAUAUGAACCAUACGACAACAGAGUCGUAGAACAUCCCACAACAAACACAGAAACGCUACUACAUCUGUUGAAGGGAAGUCUAGGUACUGGCAUUCUUGCGAUGCCGCAUGCUUUUGCUAAUUCAGGAUAUGUGGUUGGAACCAUUGGAACUAUUGUUAUUGGAGUACUUUGUACAUAUUGCAUUCACGUGCUCAUAGACGCAUGUUACGUACUAUGCAAACGGCGGAAGGUGCCAUCAAUGACAUACACUGCAGUGGCUGAAGCGGCUCUCUCAGAGGGACCCGACUGGUGCAAGGCAUGUGCACCCUAUGCUGCGCAUAUAGUGAACGCAUUCUUGCUGAUCUACCAGAUUGGAACAUGUUGCGUUUACGUGGUGUUCGUGUCAGAAAACAUACAAUACGUCUUGACCAAGCAUUUCGAACUGAACGUGACUGUAGUUGAAGUAAUGUUAUACAUCCUGCUGCCUUUGGUACUGAUAAACUGGGUGCGAGAUCUUAAGUACUUAGCACCUUUCUCAGCGAUAGCCAAUGCAGUUACGAUUGUCAGUUUCGGCAUCAUCCUCUACUACAUAUUCAGGGAGCCACCUACUUUGGAAGGAAAGUUGCCCGCUGGAAAAAUCGGGGACUUCCCGCUGUUCUUUGGUACUGUGCUAUUUGCUUUGGAAGCUAUUGGUGUGAUUUUGCCUUUGGAGAACGAGAUGAAGACGCCCAAAGCUUUCGUCGGCAAGUUCGGAGUCUUAAACCUUGCCAUGAUUAGUAUAAUAAUCUUGUACGUUGGUAUGGGCCUGUUCGGAUACCUGCAGUACGGCAGUGCAGCUGCUGGCAGUAUUACCCUCAAUCUACCUUCUCAAACUGAGACGCUCGCGAGUGUCGUUCAAUGUCUUCUGGCCUUCGCUAUCUUCAUCACACACGGCCUCGCCUGCUACGUCGCGAUUGACAUUUUAUGGAACGAGUACAUCGGCACCCGCCUCCUGAACAGCUCUUAUCGCCUUCUCUGGGAAUACGUGUUGAGGACUCUCAUUGUGCUGGUCACAUUUGGAAUAGCGGCUGCCGUGCCCGAACUGGACCUGUUCAUCUCACUGUUCGGUGCUCUUUGUCUGUCAGCUCUAGGCUUAGCCUUCCCAGCUUUCAUCCAAAGCUGCACGUACUGGUACUACGUUUCAGACUCCGAACGCAUCAGGAUGAUCAUAAAGAAUGCGAUAGUCGUAUUAUUCGGUGCCCUCGGACUCGUGGUAGGUACUUGGACGUCUCUGGAAGGAAUCAUCACGAAAUUCUCCGGCGGUCAUCACGGUCACGUUGUGAACGCGACACAAGCUCCUGACAUGAACAUUUACAACGAAACAAAUUUGAUGCCCUGAAUGUAUUUUUUGUUAUGUGUAUCAGUGCCAUUAUGUUAUAAAACCGUCCGUGGCAUAUAUUUAACGUCGAUACCAACGUCGUACAAUACCGGACAUUGUUGCGGUUACAAUGUAGUAAGUGUUUAGGUUGUCUCUAUUUUGUUAAUAAUUUCUGAUAUUUUAUGAAGUGUAAAAUGUGAAAUAUAAAUCUGUAAAUAUAUAUAUUAUAUAUAUAUUUAAAAAAAUAGUUAGAUAGACGUUAAAUCACAGAUAUGUACACAUACGCUAAAUUUCGUUUAAAAUAAUAUUCUCUUAUAAUAAGAGUAAAUUAAUAUUUUAUAACACUUAAAAAUAUUUUUUGGUCAAAAUAGUGUUUAGAAAUAAUUAUUUAUUUGUUUUAAAUAUUGUCCCGUUAAACUCAAGUGAAUUAAAACCUCUGGCAACACAAACGCUUAAAAUGUAUAGGAUUAUCAUUAUUAUUAGUUUGAAAAUUGAAAUAAUAUUAUAUUAAUAAUUAGCUACAGCUGAGUCAUAAGUAAGCCUAGAUUUCAUAAGACAACGGGAUUCUGAACUAAACCAUGUUGUGGAGAGGUAAAGAAUUACUCUAUUUCAGCAGAAAAAUCGAUAACAUUAAAAUAACUCAAAAUCAUUAACAUAUCGGUUAAAACAAUUUCCCGAUUCUUAUAUUACUAGUACGUAUUACUAUUAUAUUUAUAAAUAAUCUAUAUAUCUAUAUACUGUACCUAUUUACUACCGAUAUUUUUUUCAACGGCGAGAGGGGUUUUAUUCAUUUUUAUACUAAUGAUCUAUUAGUUUGCACUUUUCUUGCAUGAAAACUGCAUGUUAAUUUUAAUGACUGUACAAUUUUGCUGACUUAUUAUUAUAUUGACUCAUUAAAAAAUAAAUGCAUUAUAUUUCUACCCUCUCGUUCAUCUUACGCAAGUGUAAUACUUUACCUCACAACAAUGUAUAAUGUAGUUUAAUGUAAGAUAAAAGUUUAAAAAACUUAGUUAAUAAGUAGUUUGUAAAGUGACUGUGAGAAUUUAUAAUUGAAACAACAGAACGGCAUUUCGAUAGAAUAAGACGCGUGUACAUUCAAAAUUUUCCUACAAAUACAUUUUAAGACAAUUUUGACCUAAAGAUAUUAUUAUUAUUUUUUUAAAGCAUUUUUAAGUUUUGUUGACCUCGCAAAAUUUGUAUAUAUUAUGUAACUAUCCGCCAAAACGUAUGAUUCCUAUUUAUAUAUACAUAAAAAAAAACUCAUAUUUUUCUUAUAUAUUAUUUUGUUAUUGUUAUAUUAAUAUUUCUUUGUGAAAAUAUCCAACUAUCACAUUGACGGUCCGAUCGUUUAAUUAUUUAAUAAUGAAUCUGUGAUGUUAUGUUGAUAAAAUAUUUAUUAGGAAAUUUUUUUGGUUAAUUAUGUUAUUGUGAAUGAUGUGUUUUACACGUCGGUGAUAUUGUGCUCAGAGCUGUUUAGGGUUGAUUCCCGUACAAAUAAAUAUUAUUAUAAAUA